AUGGCCAGCUCCGCAGCCUGCAUCUUCUGCAAAAUCGUCAAAGGCGACAUCCCCUCAUUCAAACUCUUCGAGUCCGACAAAGUCUUCGCAUUUCUAGACAUCAACCCUCUCUCAAAAGGCCAUGCCUUAGUAAUACCCAAACACCACGGCGCGAAACUAACCGAUAUUCCCGACGACUCCCUGGCGGAACUCCUGCCCGUGGUUAAGAAGCUGGUUCUCGCGACGGGGGCCGAGGAUUACAACGUGUUGCAGAAUAAUGGGCGGAUUGCGCAUCAGGAGGUUGAUCAUGUGCAUUUCCAUAUGAUUCCGAAACCGAAUGAGAAAGAGGGGUUGGGUAUUGCGUGGCCACAGCAGAAGACGGAUAUGGAUGGAUUGAAGGCGCUGUUGGCGGAUAUUAAGUCGAAGAUGUAA